AUGCUAUAUAACAGUGCCUGAUAGUAACCAUGCAGAAAAUAGCUCUAACAAGAACUGCUGAUGUACGGCUCUUCCUUAAGAGGAAAUAAUGGCCUCUCAAAUAGCAAUGGUGUUGCUAUCACUGGACAGUGAAGAAGUCGGCUCACUCAAAGAGGGAGUCAAUUUAAAGAAAAACCCAGAGGACGGUAAAUGCUACAUCAUAUACAAGAGCAACACUGGCCUUAAAGCGUGCAAGAACCAAUGCAAACACCAAGGAGGGUUAUUCAUCAAAGACAUCGAAGAUCUGGAUGGCAGGACUGUUAAAUGCACUAAACACAACUGGAAGUUAAAUGUGUCCACAAUGAAAUAUGUGAAUCCACCAGACAGCUUUCUGCAGGAUGAGCUAGAAGUAGAGAUCUUGGAUGAUGGGGGGCUUCAGUUGGUCGAGUUGAGCCCCAUGGACCCCUGGCUCGCUGACCCUCGAGAGCCUCUGGAGCUCCAGGAAGGAGAAGUGAAAGUGACGUACUUCACCCACGCCUGCAUGGAGCUGCAGCUCGGACAGAGGCGGUUCAUGUUCGACCCUUGGUUGAAGGGUCCUGCAUUUGCCAGAGGCUGGUGGCUCCUCCAUGAGCCUCCAGCAGACUCCCUGGACAGACUGUGUUCAGCGGAUCUCAUCUACAUCAGCCACAUGCACUCUGACCACCUCAGUUACCCCACACUGAAAGUCUUGUCAGAGAGGAGGCCAGAUGUCCCCAUUUAUGUUGGUGACACAGUGAGACCUGUCUUUUGGUAUUUGGAGCAAAGCCGAGUCAAGCUGACCAACAUCAACAUUGUUCCUUUUGGUGUCUGGCAAGAUAUUGACGAACACCUGAGAUUCAUGAUCCUGAUGGAUGGUGUACAUCCUGAAAUGGACACCUGCAUCAUUGUUGAAUAUAAAGGUCACAUGAUCCUGAACACUGUGGACUGCACCAGACCAAACGGGGGCAAGCUGCCUCUGAAUGUGGACUUAAUGUUGAGUGACUUUGCUGGGGGUGCAUCUGGAUUCCCCAUGACCUUUUAUGGAGGGAAAUACAGUGAUUCCUGGAAGGCAGAGUUUGUCAAAGAAAGGAAGAAGCUGCUGAAUUACAAAGCUCAGCUGGUGAAGUCCCUGAAGCCGAGGAUCUACUGCCCAUUCGCUGGCUAUUUUGUGGAGGCUCAUCCAUCAGACAGAUACAUUAAGGAUACAAAUACUAAAAACAGUGCAGAGGACCUCAAUGCGCUCAUCAAUAAGCAUGCACCAGACAUCAAGACAUGGACGCCAAAGCCAGGCGCUGUGCUGGACCUCGGCCUCGCUCUGAGAGACCCCACUACAAGUGAAGCCAUCACCAAUCCCCCAGCCAGUGCAAAAAUCUACAAGGACAGCUGGGAUUUCGACUUGUAUGUGGAACUGAACAGCGCCAUCACCUCUGAGAUAUUUAAACAUCGAAGCUGGAUCCAGUUUUAUUACACCUGGGCAGGCUUUCAAAACUACAACCUUGUUGUGCGGGUGAUUGAGACAGAUGACGACUUUGAACCCCUUACUGAUGGCUACGACUACUUGGUGGACUUUAUGGAUCUGUCAUUCCCCAGCAAGAGGCCUGACAGAGAGCACUGCUACGUAGAGGUGAGACAUUGUGAAGCACCAGGCAAACUACUCUCAGCAGCAUAAACGAGUUAAUCCAGUUGGAAAUAUCUACAACCAUGUAUUAUAAAUUACUAAAGGAAAAAGAGAGGUUGGAUUAUAGUUUUGUCACCUUGUUUGGGCAACCUGUUUUUGGAUCUUUGCUUUGUUUGGGCUAUAUUAUCUUUAGAUUUACUUAACGUUCACCUUGACAAUCUAACUCCUGGAAAGAAAGUGAAUAAGAAUAUUUUCCAAAAUGUCUAAUUAUUCCUUUAAAGCAACAUUCUGGAAGAUUUGGUGUGAUUUGGGGUCCCUACCGUUUCAGAGUGUAGGCCUAAUUCACCGCUGUCAUCAAUAGGACCAGCUGUCCAUGUGCAGAUUAAAUUGCUUACUCAAAAACAACCAAGUUGACAACUUUGCUAACACAAGCCGUGUUUCCAUCAAUGUUUUUUAAUGCGCAUUUUGAAGUAUCGCAUUGGAAAAGGUUGAUGGAAACGGCAAAAUUCGAGGGGAAAAAAUCCUUAAUAAAAAGGUUUUGCUUGAGGUGGUUUUUGCCUUUGUUGAAAAACUGUUAAUGGGCUAAAUGGGAGAUGGAAACACUUUUGCCGAAUAAGUUCUGAUGUAGCGAACUUGUAACUCAUGUCUGAUCAGCUGUUUCCGCUGUCGCCGUCUUGCCGGCAUAUCACACGGAGACAUGGCUGGUAGCAGUUUGCCCGCUUGAAACACAUUCCUGAGGACCUCUCUCCAUUUUUCUCGGAUCAAUGGCCCUCAGUUCCAUGGGACUGCUUUUGUUUCUGGUUUGGAACCCAUACGUCUUGUUUAUUACAGCUAUAUGUAACGUCAACUACUGACGUAACUACGCAUGCAACUACGUUGCCUGGUUUAUUCGCUCCAAACCAGCUGAUGGAAA